AUGGCAGACUACCGCCUGCCCACCACCGUCCGCCCGACGCACUACCAGCUGGCCGUCAAGACCGACCUCGCCGCGACCCCCGCGUCGUUCAGCGCCGAGGCCAUCAUCGACCUCGCCGUGGACGAGACCACGUCCUCGAUCGUGUUCAACCUCCACCCGUCGUUGAGCGUCACACACAUUGCGCUCGCCUCGGGCGACCUCGAGGCCACGGCCAUCCCCACCUCCGCGCUGAGCGUUGACGCCGAGACGGAGCGCGCGACGCUGGACCUUGGCGCCGUCGGUGGUGGGCUGACGGCCGGCGUCCACGGCGCCAAGCUCUUUGUCCGCUGGGAGGCCGAGCUCGGCGGCAACAUGAUGGGAUACUACAAGUCGAACGGUGACGCCGACGAGCACGGCAACCGGCCAAUCUACGCGCUCACCCAAUUUGAGCCCACGGCCGCACGCCGCGCCAUGCCGUGCUGGGACGAGCCACUGCACAAGGCGACCUAUGCGCUCUCAAUGAUUGCGCGCGAGGACCAGGUGGUGCUUGCCAACAUGGACGCGGUGUCGGCCGUACCAUGGCAGCCCGCGGCGCCGCUGUCGUCGUCGGAAGCCGCCCUCGACGCGAGCUACACGGUCGGGUCCAGCCUCCCCGCGUCGUCAUCUGGCUCGUGGACCGUCACCCAGUUCACCACCACCCCGCCCAUGUCCACGUACCUCGUCGCAUUUGCGUGUGGCGACUUUGCCCACCUGGCAGCCGAGCACCACUCCAAGCUCACGGGCAAGACCAUCCCGCUCAAGAUCUACGCCACGGCCAACCAGAUCCACAAGGCCCAGCUCGGCCUCGACGUCAAAAAGUGGGGGCUGCCCAUCUACGAGGAGCUGUUUGAUAUCCCAUACCCGCUUCCCAAGCUCGACACACUGGUGGCACACGACUUUGACAUGGGUGCAAUGGAGAACUGGGGUCUCAUUACCGGUCGCACCACAGCUUACCUGUACGACGAGAGGUCGUCGCUGGCCGCCAAGAAGCGCGUCGGCACCGUCCAGCUGCACGAGCUCGCGCACAUGUGGUUUGGCGACAUUGUCACGAUGAAGUGGUGGGACAACCUGUGGCUCAACGAGGCGUUUGCGACACUCAUGGGCUCGCUGGUGCUUCCCGAACGCAUCUUCCCCGAGUGGAAGAUGAACUCGGAGUUUAUCGACACCCACUGGGUCCGCGCCAUGGACCUCGACUGCCGCCGCUCCUCGCACCCCAUCGAGGUCGCGUGCCCGGACUCGUCGCAGAUCAACCAGAUCUUUGACGCCAUCUCAUACUCCAAGGGCGCGUCCGUCCUGCGCAUGCUCAAGAGCGUCGUCGGAGAGGAAAAGUUCUUCAAGGGUGUCUCAAUCUACCUCAAGAAACACCUGUACAGCAAUGCCCAGAGCAGUGACCUGUGGGAAGGCAUCUCGCAGUCGGUCGGCAAGGACAUGGGCUCGGUCAUGGCCAACUGGACGCUCAAGGUCGGCUUCCCCGUCAUUACUGUCGAGGAGAGCGGUGACAGCGAGCUCAAGCUCACUCAGAACCGCUUCCUGUCCACCAACGACGUCAAGGGCGGCGAAAAUGAGACCCUCUGGUGGGUCCCUCUCGAGGUCAAGACGGUCAACGGCGGCAAGACCGACGUCGACCACGACGCCAUCCUUUCGGACCGCUCGGCCACGUACAAGGUCUCGUCCGACUCGUUCAAGCUCAACGCAGAGACGAUCGGUCUCUACCGCGUACAGUACACUCCCGAACGUCUGGCCAAGCUCGGCGCACAGGCCCAGUCGUUCACUGUCGAUGACCGUGUGGGUCUGCUCUCGGACGCGUCGGCUCUGGCGUCGGCAGGGUACUCGAAAACGUCAGCCGCACUGGCGUUUGCCGCUGCUGUCGCCACCACCGAGACCGAGUACCUCCCCUUCUCGCAGAUCUCAAACCUGCUCGGCACAGUCGCACGCGUGUGGUGGGAGGACGACGAGGUGCACGAUGCCAUCAACAAGGUCCGCGCCAACAUCUUCCGCCCGCUUGUCGACAAGAUGGGCUACGAGCAUGCCGAGGACGACCCGCCCGACGUCAAGCAGCUUCGUGCCCUUGCCGUGUCUACAGCGGCUGCUGCAGGCGACGAGACGGUUCUGGCAGAGAUCGUCAAGCGCUUUGAGCCGUUUGUAACCCUCAACGACGACUCGGGGAUCACCCCAGACCUCCAGCGCACCAUCUUCACAAAGGCGGUGCGCGAGGGCAGCAAGGCCGAGUAUGAAAAGAUGCUCGAGGUGUACAACUCUCCCACGUCCAACCCCAGCACCAAAGUGGACGCCAUGUUCGCCCUGUGCGCCACGCAGGAACCCGCGCUCAUCGACAGGACGUUUGCAAUGCUCCCGGACACCAAGGCCAUCAAGGACCAGGACCUGUACAUUUUCUUUAAGGGCCUCGGCGCCAACCGCGCCGUCCGCCACCGCAACGCACAGUACGUCAUGGACAACUGGGUCGCCCUCAACGAACGCUACAACGCGUCCUUUGGCCUGCGUAAUGCUAUUGGCGGCGCGUUCGGCAAGCUGUCCAGCAAGCACGACCUCGAGCGCGUGUCGGCCUUCUUUGGCGCCCACGAUGUCAAAAAGUACAAGCUCGUGGUCGCGCAGACGGUCGAGGGUAUCCAGGCGGCGUCAGACUGGCUGGCCCGGGACACCGAGGACGUCAAGGCGUGGCUCAAGGAGAACAGGUUUCUGUGA